UAAAGCAUGAGAAUGAUCAUCCUCUUUCUCUGAGUUCCUUCCCUCCUCCUUAUUCUCUCUCCUCCACUUUUAAUUAAAACCUUUUGAAUUUUUAUUUAAUAGAAAUUUAAGGAAGAGAUAACUAGGAAAUUAAAGAGGAGGGAAAAAUAAAAUAAAAUAAAAAUAAAAUGGGAAGAGCUCCUUGUUGCUCUAAAGUUGGGUUGCAUAGAGGUCCAUGGACUACUCGAGAAGACGCCUUGCUAAUCAAAUACAUUGAAGCUCAUGGUGAAGGACAAUGGAGAUCUAUGCCUAAGAAAGCUGGACUUCUAAGAUGCGGAAAGAGUUGUAGAUUGAGAUGGAUGAACUACUUGAGGCCCGAUAUUAAACGAGGCAAUAUUACACCCGAAGAAGAUGACCUUAUUAUAAGGUUACAUGCCUUAUUAGGCAAUAGAUGGUCUCUUAUUGCUGGAAGGUUACCUGGUAGAACUGAUAAUGAAAUAAAAAACUAUUGGAACACCCAUUUAAGCAAGAAACUUCGGAGCCAAGGUACCGACCCGAAUACCCAUAAGAAACUAUCUGAAUCGGAGUUGGAAAAACUAGCUAAGAAUUGUAACAGAAAAAGAUGUAAACAUACUAAGAGAUGUAUGAAAACCCGAAAACUUGAGGGUGAUGAAGUGAUCGUGGAUAGAAUUACCAAGAUCCAUUUACCCAAACCCGUUAGGGUUAAGCCCGUUAUUUCAAUGACAAGAAAUUAUAGCAAUACAAGUUUAGAAACUAAUAAUUUGAGUCUUCAUACUACAAGUGCAUCUUAUAGAUUGUCAACAGAUGAAUCGGAAGAUAAUAUCAUUUUGAACAUGCCAUCAUGGUUAGAUAAUAAUGUCAGCUUGGAAACUAAUAAUGGAGUUGAUGAUGAUGAUCAUCUAAUGAUGAUGACGAUCGGGUCGUCGUCGGGCCGUGAUCAAGAUGAAGUAGUGACCGUACAAGAUAACAAUAAUCAGCAGCUUGAGAAGCUUUAUGAGGAGUAUUUACAGCUUAUCAAGGUGGACCAUGAUCAUGAUCAUGAUCAUUAUCAUGAUGGUGACGUUGAUGAUGGUGAAGCUGAAUUAGAUUCGUUCACUGAAUCUUUUCUCAUCUAGUUGAGGAUACAAAACGGGUUUGGAUAUACCGACUUUUACAAAAGGUGGGUAGUAGUUUCAUUUCAUAUCAGACAUCGUGACUUAUCGAAAUUGGUUUGGGAAAGGGAGAAAUCAUUAAUUAAAAAGAAGUAGACUUUUUUUUUUUUUAAUGAUGUGGGAGUUAAAUUAAUUGAUGCAUGGCAGUGCUGGCUAGAUUUAGAUGUGCUAAUCUUACUUUCUUAAUUAGGGCCCUUAACUUCUUCUUAAGAGUUACUCCGUAAUAAUCUUUUUUUAAAAAUGAUUGUAUUAAAUGUGCAAUUUGUGUAAUAUGGGUAUAAUAAUAAGAUCGAGUACAUUUUAAAUGUA